ACUCAAUGAGCGAGAGCCUCGGCUGUACACACACCGAGGGAGGCUGGAGGGGAAGGAGGGAGGCAGCUGAGCAGGCAGAGCGCAGAGAAGGAGGAAGCGGCGGCGGCGGCGGCGCUCAGAGCUGGCUACGGCCGCCUUUCCCAAUCCUCCGUCAUCCUUCCUUCCCCGGCUCCUUUCCUCCCUGACAGCCCCGGGAGCAGAAGCGGCAGACAGGCUCCUUCCAGGCAGGAGCAACUGAAUCAUGGAGCUUCGAGUGGGGAACAAGUAUCGGCUGGGAAGAAAAAUCGGUAGUGGAUCCUUUGGAGAUAUUUAUUUGGGUGCCAAUAUUGCCACUGGGGAAGAGGUAGCCAUUAAGUUGGAAUGUGUGAAAACCAAGCACCCGCAGCUCCACAUUGAAAGCAAAUUUUACAAGAUGAUGCAGGGAGGAGUGGGCAUCCCUUCCAUUAAGUGGUGUGGAGCAGAGGGCGACUAUAAUGUGAUGGUGAUGGAACUUCUGGGACCCAGCCUGGAGGACCUCUUCAACUUCUGCUCUCGCAAGUUCAGCCUCAAGACUGUUCUGCUCUUGGCAGAUCAGAUGAUCAGCCGUAUCGAAUACAUUCAUUCCAAGAAUUUCAUCCACCGAGAUGUGAAGCCAGAUAACUUUCUUAUGGGGCUCGGCAAGAAGGGCAACCUUGUGUACAUCAUUGACUUCGGCCUGGCCAAGAAGUACCGAGAUGCUCGCACUCACCAACACAUCCCCUAUCGGGAAAACAAAAACCUGACUGGCACAGCCCGCUAUGCCUCUAUAAAUACUCACCUUGGAAUUGAACAAAGUCGCCGUGAUGACUUGGAGAGCUUGGGCUAUGUGCUGAUGUACUUCAACCUUGGCUCACUGCCUUGGCAAGGCCUGAAGGCUGCUACAAAGCGCCAGAAAUAUGAGCGCAUCAGUGAGAAGAAGAUGUCGACGCCCAUCGAGGUGCUCUGCAAAGGCUACCCUUCUGAGUUCUCAACAUACCUCAACUUCUGCCGUUCGCUGCGGUUCGAUGACAAACCAGAUUACUCUUACUUGAGGCAGCUGUUCCGCAACCUCUUCCACCGCCAGGGUUUCUCCUAUGACUAUGUGUUCGACUGGAACAUGCUCAAGUUUGGAGCAGCCCGGAAUCCUGAGGACAUGGAUCGGGAGAGGCGAGAACAUGAGCGAGAGGAGCGGAUGGGGCAGCUCCGGGGUUCAGCUACGCGGGCACUGCCCCCCGGGCCUCCUGCUGGAGCCACAGCUAACCGCCUCCGCAAUGUCGCCGAGCCCAUGGCCUCCACACCCACCUCCCGCAUCCAGCAAUCUGGAAACACGUCCCCCAGGGCAAUUUCACGGGUGGACAGGGAGCGGAAGGUCAGCAUGAGGUUACACCGAGGAGCCCCUGCAAACAUCUCCUCGUCUGACCUCACAGGGCGGCAAGAGGUGUCACGGAUUUCAGCGUCACAGACAAGUGUGCCAUUUGAUCACCUGGGGAAGUGAAGAGAAGAUUCCACCGGACCAGUGUUUGCUUAGUGUCUUCACUGUAUUUUUCUUUUAAAAAACAAAAUAACAAAAACAAAUUUAAAAAAAAGAAAAAAAAAGAAAAAAACCCAAUUUUUCCCCCCUGCCAGCAACAAGGAGAGGAGCUGCCCUAUGCUGGCGUCCAUGUCUUUUCUGAGAUCGUUGCCUGCGUUCCCGAGCCCAACUUGCCUUGGACAAAGUCACAGACGCAGGAGGAGCCUUGCCGAAACACCUCUGCUGCUGUCGCGCAGUUUCAUCUCCGUAGGCCUUGCCCCAUUUCACGCCAGCAGGCUGUGGCCAGCCACCCCCAGCUUCUCGCUCCCUUUUUUGAUCUGUUUGUAUCAUUGGAAAAAAGGAAAAAACAAAACAAAACAAAAAAACCACACAACACAAAAAUCAAUCUCCCGACUUCCAUAUUUUUUAAAAGUUCGGUUUGUGUAAGAUGAAAUUUGUUUCCAGCAUAAUUUUAAAUUCCGUUGGG